AUGGCAAGAGGAACGAACUUACGUACAGCGAAAGGAUUUUUGCGAUUAUUUCAGCUUUUGUUAUACAUAGGGUGGAGCCAGCGUGGGUUCAUGUAUGUCCCGGUGUUGAACAGCAAGGAAAAAGCUCGGGAAUUGGUUGAUAUCGUUCGGGAACAAACUGAUGCACCUAUAGGAACCUGUAUAAAUACUGUAUCGAUAAUCUUAAGUACUUUACUGCGAGAUUUACCCGACCUGUAUAAUCUUCAUGUCAUAAGAAAUGCUCUGGAAGACGAUAUAGUCGAUGUGGAUAAUUGCUAUGAUGCUCAAGUACUGGAACAGCUCACUGCUAACAUAACAAGUCACAUUGAGGAUAAAGGUCAGCUAGACUGGUCAAUUCGGGAUGAUGAAGAAGCUGUGAUGGUUAAAUCUCUACAACACUUUUCUGGAUUUCUGAAAAAAGCUGAUAUCCGAGUACCCAUGAAGCGUUUUCGUCGGGAUAAUUAUGCCUUCAUUGAGCAGCUUGUUUCACUUUACCAAAUGGAGCUAAAGAAAUCAGUACGCAUCGAGCUACUUUCGACAUUUUACUCACUUUGUUUAUUGGAUCGUUCAGUCAUUACAAUGCUGCUUUGCGGACAGCUGCCGGUUCUGCUAGCAUUACAAAACAAUUUUUGUUUGCCACUCACCGAACAUGAUAUAUCAUCUUUGCAGUUGCUUUCUAUAUUAUUUUCAACUGGAGAAAAAUUCCCAACCUCACAUUAUGACGCUCUGAAUUUGGAAUUCUUGACAAAGAUAGUCUCGCUAGUAGAGGAUUCCGCAGAUGCUUUCCAGUUCAUUUUAUCAUUCAAUGCUCAUUUUGAGUCGAAUGAAAGUACUGUUAUUCAGGCACUAUAUAAGAAUCCUCUACUUACAUUUGGCCAGUUACUCACGAUACAGUUGAAUCGAUGCAGAGCUGAGAAUAAAGACUUGCGCGCAAUGAAAUUGCUGAUGGACAUUUUUUGCGUGUCAGAUGACCUGAUUGCGGUUCUUUUUUAUGAUAACGAUUUAAAAGUUCUUUAUGGUAUACUAUGCCAGGAUUUGAUCGACACAAACCAAUCACAGAAAAUGGCAAUGAUAUUGCAAAUAAUGAAAAAUGUGGAAGUAAUAAGACGGUGUGGAUUCAUUCAAGAAGUAUGUGCAUCAGUGAAAACUUUUCUGCUGACUCAUGACGCGCAAUUGGAGUUGAGGUGCUGUGCGGAUUUCAUCCUGCAACAGGUCACUGAAUAGCAAACAAAUUUACCCAUUACAAUAUAACAUUCGACAUGCCAAAAAGUACACUUAAAUGCCACAAACUUACUAUAAUAUUGAUCUUUCUUUGUAUGUUUCACGCAGUAAAGGAAAUAUUUGUUGUCGUCAGUUGUAACGUCUCUUGUCUCGUAUUUUCUAAACUUUUGGUCUGCUACGUCUUCACUGCAUGAUUUAAUUUGGUUCACAAUAAUGGUUACCCUUGCUAAACAAAGCUUGAGUAUUUCGUUUUUUUUAUAGGGAUGAUAAAGAAAAGUCUUAAUACUGUAAUCCUGUCGUACUAGCUUCUAGCGGCAAUUAGACAGGUUUGGUUAAGGUGUGUUGAAAAUCUCAAAACGUUCCAACUUAUAUAUGAACCGCCGUUACGGAAGGAAAAAGACUCGAGUUCUUUAUUGAUCUUUCGGAGAUCGGUCAUCGGUGAGGAAAAGAGAACAGUGCUAUGGGUAUGAAUUGGAUCAGCAAUCAAUGUAUGUACUCUUGGCAAUAUUACGAUAUUCGUGACCAAUUUUUCUGUUUCGAUAUUAUACAUCUGCUUCAAUCGAAAGCAGUACUUGUCCAAGUUAUGCCAACUUCUAAAUAAAAAUGGAACAUUAAUGGUUCAAACAACAUGGGUCGUGGUCAGGAUUUGCACAGAAUAACAGAAUUUCUAAAAUUUCAAAUACUUUGUUUUUGCAUAUGUCGGUCUUUUUUUGUGUAAUUUACGCCGGAAUAUAUCAGUAAAU